GGAAGUGACGCCUAAGGCUUGCUGCGCACUCGCACGCCGGGUUGACUAGCAGGCGGGUGGCGAUGGGCGAGCCGGUUGGUGAUGCCGUGCCUCCCGCCGGGUGGUUCCCAGCCCCCGAGCUGACACCCACGCUGGGGCCUCUACGCGACCGAGCCUCGCGGCCGAACAACUGGAUGCUGUGGGCGAUGCCGCCGCCGCCGCCGCCUUCGUCGCUUCCCGCAGCAGGGUCCGAGCCUGCCUUAGAGGCACAGCCCCGCGCGGAAGCCCGCACUUUCCCCGGGGCACCUCCCCCCUUCGACGCCCACAUUCUUCCCGGGGCGCAGCCCCCCUUUGACGCCCAGUCCCCCCUCGAUUCUCAGCCUCAACUCAACGGCCAGCCUUCCUGGAAUUUCCAGGCGUCAGCGUCACGGUACUGGACGCAGUCCCCUGGUAGUUUUCCUUGGCAUCAGCAGCCCCACAGCACUCCAGUUAAACAUACUUAUUUUCCACGAAAGCAUGAUGCAAGGGUCAAUGACUUCAGUGGCUCUCCCAGAAGAAAACAGAAAAAAAAGAAAAGAAAGGAACCCGUUUUUCACUAUUUUUGUGAUACCUGUGAUCGUGGUUUUAAAAAUCAAGAGAAGUAUGAUAAACAUAUGUCCGAACAUACAAAAUGCCCCGAGGUAGAUUGCUCUUUUAGUGCACAUGAGAAGAUUGUCCAGUUCCAUUGGAGGAAUAUGCAUGCUCCUGGUAUGAAGAAAAUCAAGUUAGACACUCCAGAGGAGAUUGCAAGAUGGAGGGAAGAAAGAAGAAAAAACUACCCAACUCUGGCUAAUAUUGAAAGGAAGAAAAAGUUAAAACUUGAGAAGGAAAAGAGAGGAGCGGUGUUGACGACGACACAGUAUGGUAAGAUGAAGGGGAUGACCAGACAUUCGCAGAUGGCAAAAAUCCAAAGUCCUGGCAAACAUCACAAAUGGAAAAAUGGCCAUUCUGAACAGAGAACAGCUGCUGGAUCAGGCAAUCAUUUGUGUGAUUUGAAGCCUGAAAGUCCACCUGAGGCAAAUUCAGACCCCCUCGGUGUUUUGGUAAACACUGAUUCUGAAUCUGACAAAGAGGAGAGACCGCAGAGCGCUGUCAUCCCCAAGGAGGUGACCCCAGCGCUGUGCUCCCUGAUGAGCAGCUAUGGCAGCCUCUCGGGGUCAGAGAGCGAGCCAGAAGAAGCUCCCAUCAAGACUGAAGCAGACAUUCUGGCAGAAGACCAGGUUCUUCACAGCAGUGCUCCUGAGAAACCAAGUCAAGAUGCUAACGCAGCUGUUAAAAAGUCCUCAGAAGCCAAGUGUGAGAGCCAAAGGAGAAGCUUUAAAAACGCAAAUCCUAAGAGGAAGAAAAAAGAUCUCAACUACCGAACAUUGUUUGAACCAAGAACACACCAUCCGUAUCUCCUGGAAAUGCUGUUAGCUCCGGACAUUCGACAUGAAAGAAAUGUGAUUUUGCAGUGUGUUCGGUACAUCAUCAAAAAAGACUUUUUUGGACUUAAUACUACUGCUGUGAAAACUAAAGAUGAAUAGGCAUCUGGUGUUUUAGCACACAUGUCUGAAGCAUGUAAAAUAGUAACAACCUCAAGUUUGUGGGUGAAAAUUAUUCUUUUUUCAACUGGAUUAGUAAUUAAAUUGUAAGCCUCAUGGGCUAUUAUGUAGGAUUUUAAGUCUUUGAUGCUAUACAAAUAAAUACCUAAUUGAUUUUUAAGACUGUCUGUAUUGUUGGGAUCAAAUGUAAUAUUUGCUAGCAGAAUUCUACUUUGUAUUUAUUGCUGUUGUAUAAGGAAGUCUACUCUUGGGCCAGAUAAGAAUUGAAGAUGUUGAUUUAGUGGUAAGGGAAAAAACUUAAAAAUUUUUUUAAUUCAGCUGAGGAGAACUGUAGGUUGGGGAGAGAAAUAGUCAUUUUGUUUUUAAUAAAUGAGAGAGGAAGAGUCUCUUUAACCCCUGUAAAGGGAGGGUAUUUUAAAAUAAACCAGAGCAAAUUAAAACAAUGAGAACAUCUUGAAAUUUAAAUUUCUGCUGUUUAUUUCAAAAGACAUGUUGACAUUCACCUAUUGGCAGCUCAGGUAUUUAUCAUUUGAAAUAUUAUAGAUAUAUGGCUUCUGUUUAUGUUCCAAUUCAGUAGAAGUGCUUCUUUUUGGUAUGGUUCAGAAUUGGACAUUUAAAAAAUUUUUUCCUGUGAAAAAGUAUGUAAAGUAUAGUACUUGAUGAGGUUAAGUUAAUUUUUUAUGGUAUAAAUAGUAAUUUGUGAAAUAUUACAUGAGUUUUAAAGAAUUAAAAUUUGCUUAUAAAGGUAGUAAUUGAACCUUUAAAAUAUGUUUUAAAUAAAUAACAGCUACUAAGGUCUUUUUAUCCUAUAAUGCCAGAGGUUCUGGUCUUUUAUGUUCUAGUCAUUUGUGCUAGCUAGUGCUAGAGCUCUACUCUUUUUUUUUUAAAUGUAUUUAUUUUUAAUUGAAGAGUAAUUCCUUCACAGUAUUGUGUUGGUUUCUGCCGUAUUAUCAACAUGAAUUAGCCACAGGUAUACAUAUGUCCCUUCUUUCCUAAGCCUCCCUCCCACCUCCCACCCCAUCGCACUCCUCUAAGUUGUUACAGAUCCCGGGUUUGGGUUCUCUGAGUCAUACAACAAAUUCCCAUUGACUCUUUUCCACGUGGUAGCGGGUAUGUUUCCAUGCUGCUCUCUCCGUCCGUCCCACCCUUUCCUCCCUCCUCUGCUACCCGUGUCCGUGUCUGUUCUCUAUGUCUGUGUUUCCACUGCUGGCCUGCAGAUAGGUUCGUCAGUACCUCCUUUCUAGAUUCCAUAUAUAUGCAUUAAUAUAUGAUAUUUGUUUUUCUCUUUCUGACUUAUUUCACUCUGUAUUAGGUUCAUCCAUCUCAUCAGAGCUGACUCAAAUGCAUUUCUUAGAGCUCCUCUCUUGACAUUCAGUCAAAGGAGCUAGAUUUUUAAAAUUUAGUCUCUUGUAGUUGGAAAAUUAAUUUUACUUGACAUCAUGAUUAUUGAAAUCCAUGAAUCUUGACUUCAAGAAGUAGGGCAAGAGAGCUGAUAGCAGCCCUCUGCCCCUCUUGCUCCUCUACGUCUGAAAGAUCCCGUCCCAAAUCCUGGAACAUCUGGUACACGACACUCUGACAUCACAGACCUGAGAUUAACAGUCAUAUUGAGGUCAGUGUUUCCCAACCUGGCAACAACCAUAUAGACCUUUUGAUUCUGUUUUACUCUCUUCCUCCAAAGAGCCCCGUAUUUUGGAAAAUUACCAACUAGUUCAUUCAUUAAUUCAGUUCAUAUAAUACUUUAAUGGAGUAAAAGAAAAAUGAAUAAAACCUUGCAUUAUUCAAAGGUGUGACUCUUAACCCACUUCAUCUUAACAGGACAGAGAAGUAACCAAUAUUACAAACUGAUUUAAUAUUCAAAUUUUGACUAGGCUGCAGUUUUAUCUCAGGUUAGCAUGCAAUUUCCAUAGGUUUCAAAUAUAUAAAUGAAUUCACAGACUCCUAGUGUAUUUUCAAAGAACCAUCAUGUCUCCAGGGGCUUUGACAAUCACUGCUCUAAGGUAUAUUGUGCGAAGUUUUAUUUUCAGUCUUUCUUGUUUUUUGUUAAAUGUAGUAAAGCCUGAAAAUGCC